GCAUUAUUUCCUGUUUAGAGGCUCCACCGUCAGUUAGUCAGUUACAGACAGACAGACAACCGUCAGUAGCAGCUACAGACAGGCAGGUUAAUGUGUGUUAUGUUCAGGUAUCUCGUUGUCUCUCGGUCUGUAACUUGUUUCCGGAGCUGUAGAACAAUAGAAAGCUCUCCAGAGAUGUUUUGGGGAUAUUUCGACGCGGCUCGACGACUCGGUGAUCCGGAGAGCUCCAACAGAGAGUGAGAGACAUGGACAACUCUGUCACCCUGUGGCAGUUCCUUCUCCAGCUCCUAUUGGACUCCAAUAACGAGCAGCUGAUCUGCUGGACCAAUGAGGAAGGGGAGUUUAAACUGCUGCAGGCGGAGGAGGUGGCCCGGCUGUGGGGAGCCCGCAAGAACAAGCCCAAUAUGAACUAUGACAAACUCAGCCGGGCUCUCAGAUACUACUACGACAAGAACAUCAUAAAGAAGGUGAACGGUCAGAAGUUUGUCUAUCGCUUUGUGUCCUAUCCUGACAUCCUGAAAGGUGACGUUGCCACCCGAACAGAGGGCGGGGAUGUGGGUGCUGGGGGCAUCCCUCAUCUGUUAAAGAGGGGAGACAGCACCCUACAGGAGGGGGAGUCCGGUGACCACAGUAGCACAGCAGCUCUGGGCUCCAACGCCAAGCAGUCGAACCGUAACGACUACAUCCACUCCGGCCUGUACACCUCCUUCACCCUAAACUCGCUGCAAAAUGGACGCCAGCUUUUCAAGUCCAUCAAAAUCGAGAACCCAGCAGAGAAGUUGGCUGAGAAGAGAGGCCUCACUGGCACGGCCCAGAGCCAGGAGCAGUUGACUCAGUCGCAGCAGCCGACUGCUUUGCCGUCCGUCAUCAAGUUUGGGAACACCCCUCCAAAGCCAGCAUCGUCUGCUCAGGUCAUCAUAGAGUCGACCCUGAUGUCCGACCACCUGGAUCAUCUGCACGCUCCGCAUCUGAGGGCCGUAGACAUCAGCACACACUCCUCGCUGCCGUCCCAUGCCGUCUACUCGUUUGAACAUAUCCGCUCAUCGGAGUCGGCGUUCAGCCUACCGGACCUGAACUCGACCAGCCCGUCCCCGAGCCUCGUGCCUGACUCAUCCCAGGAGCUGGUGAUCGACAGCGACAUCGAGUCCAGAUCUUCUCAGCCCGCAGACGCUCAGGCACAAGAUCCAACAGACGCUCAUGCUCACGAAAAGGUGGACAGCGGCAUGGGUUUGUCUGGAGAUGAGACCAGUUUUGUGGACGCUGAAACCAGUUCGUCGUCGCUGAGCAGCAGCACCACAAUCAGCACUCUGAACUCAGGAAAGAUACGCAAGCCACCGAAUAUCCUGCAGAUCAGCCCGCCGACCCUGCUGGUCACCGCGUCUGACUUCUCUCCCAUGAACCUCUGCAGCCCCUCUCUACCCACCGCCUCGCUCACACCAGCAAUGCUUCAGACCCCGACUCUGUUGCUGACUCCCAGUCCUCUGCUGUCCAACAUCCACUUCUGGAGCACGCUCAGUCCGGUCGCUCCCCUCAGCCCGGCCACGCGACGCCAGGGAGCCCACCUGUUCCAAUUUCCGUCGGUCCUCACCCCUCAGUUCCAGAUCCCCAUACACAGUUUGGACGGGACCAACACGCCCGGCCCCAUUACCCCAGACCCCCAGAGGACAUAGGAUUAACCCCGCAGUUUCACCGCAUUUGGACCCAGACAGCCAGACAACCAGACAGCCAGACAACCAGACAGCCAGACAGCCAGACACCUUCUCCAUCUUUCUGCUCCCACAUCCAGGACAUUUAUGUGGGAGCUCAGUCAUUCAGCCAUUCCUCAUCACUCUGGUGCUUUUUAAAGUUCUCUGCCACAGAAUUCACACUACAAUCAGACGUGUGGAGGUGAGAGUCCCGAGAGAUCCAGCAGGUUUGAUGGAUGGCGGUAACAGAACAUUUCCACCCCCGAGGAGGCCAUCCUGUACUCAUACACACUGAUUCCAUCGUUCCUCACGCACUUGUGGAUUCAUUUUGUCUGGCUUUUUUUUGGGGGGAUGCUCAGUCACAACAGUUCGAAGGAGGGAGGAAUUUCCAUGGCAACAGUUGGUGCAUGUGGAUUGGACCCUCAGCAGCGACAAUCUGCUUCACACUUGGACACGCAGACCAGUGGAACUGCAGAUAUCUGAAUCUUUCCUUUUAUAGAAUUCCCUUCUUACCUUGUGCAACAGUGUUACUGCCAAAAAACACACAUUUUAUGUUUCGAACCUGCUUCUGCUCCCCUUUUUCUUUUUCCUUAACAUUUACUCUUGUUGAAGGGUAGUGCUUUAACCUGAUAAUGUGCAUGUUUACCUGCAACUCUUUGAUCUUUCACACAGCUCGCCUCACCUGCCUGAGUGUGCGCUGUUUGCUGCUCCGAGACAUUAGCCAUAUCCAGCGGGACUUCACCUUGACUUUCUUAUCGUGACAUGUGGCCAUAAUCUGAGCUUGAACCUUUAAUCAUGCCUCUAUAUAACUGUUCUAAUGUGUAUAUAUUGUAUGUAUAUAUACAGUAGAAUAGCCCUGGAAGCCAGUGUGGCCUGGUCUGCCUCCAGCCAGUAAGCUUUCAGCUGGGAAUGAAAGAAAGUGAAGCCAUAACUCUUUCUGUGCAUCGACUCUGCAAGCAACAACACACAUCCUGUAUUUGUGUCACCGCUCUGAUGUUGCCUUUUUAGAUCAACAUCUUGUUCGAGACACCUGUUUCAAGAAUCAAAUUGCCGUUUCAUGGGGCGUUAUGCGUUAGACAUUUCUUAGCUUGGAGCAGUGACUUCCUGGAGUCUCCGCCGGUUGCCUGGCAACGGCUCCUGGCCAAGGAAUAGUAAAACCACAACUUAUUUUUUACAUUUUACAAGAUAUAACAUGUCAAUCAGUGAGCUUUUACACCGAAUUCACACGAGAGCAGCGGCGAGCUGCCAUGCAAUGUCUAUGAAAAGCUGCGGCGGCCGCUCCCGAGCUCAGCGUGAUGCAGCCGUUUGAUUUUGCAGCGAAGGGCGGCCAAACUAAAAGUUUUAGCGCCUAAGUGCGGCAUAGAGUAUUUACAGCCAAUCAGUAGACAGAGUCAUGUUGAUUGUUACAAAGAACUUCUUUCCGCAAGAAAACCCACGAAUACUUCUCCCGGCCGCAAAAAAAAUUUAAUUAUUGUGGCAAGCCGCACUUCGCCGCUGCCUGGUGUGAAUUCAGCAUUAGAGGUAUGUUAAGGGAAGACGCCCCAGGUGAAUAGGGUAAAAACUAAAGUUAAACUAAUAAAUAUCACCUUGAACUUUACCCAGUUGAUUACUUACAUUAAGACAAUUAUUUUUUGUAUUACAAGUUUUCUGAAAAUGUAUCUUUAAAUAUGCAAAUGAGGCAUUAUCUAAUCGACAGACGCAAAUAGAAAAAAGGUUAGUAAAAUAAACACCUAAAUGUGUAUUUUGGAUGUUUUCUUUCCACAAAUCUGAAAGAAGACAUGUUAUAUGGAAGCUAGAUGUCCCAAACACUUAAAAUGUACCAGUGGAUGAAAGUCGGUAGAUAUUGUUGCAUUUGGACAGAGCCAGCUAAGUUAAGAUAACCAGCUGCCGGCUCCAGCUACGUAUUUACCAUUCAGACAUUAGAGAGUGAUAUCAAUCUUCUCAUCUAACUUUUGCCAAGUGUAUUUCCCAAAAUGUCGACCUUGAAACCUUGUUGAUUGUCCACAGAUUAGCUCUGUGUCCUUUCUUGUAAUUGGGCUCUGAUUAUUGUUGCUUGCAGCGUCUGUGCAGUUUUUUGUUUUUUUUAAUCUCAGACUGAACCUCAAAUCUUCGUGGCUAGACUCUUAACAGCGUCUAGCGUUAACCUUUGCCAAGCCUUAGCCAUCUGAACCCCAUCGACCUUUAACCCUGAGGACUGUAGAAA